CCUGUCAAGACACCUUAGAUGCACUUGAAAACAAGGCUUAACCCAGCAUUGGUUUUAUAGCAUUCACUCCCAUUGAAGUGAAAUGGCAUCUUGUUAUAAAACUUUAGAAAUUAUAGGAAUGGUUUUUAUUUCUCCUGUUUUAAUACCAGCACUGGUUUUGGGGGUUGUAGUACAUGAUUUUUUCAACCUGGAACUGCCGCCUGGAAUUGAGCAACCCCUAAAGCUUCGUUUUUUCCAGUCCUUGCUGAUAACAACCAUGAUCAUGGGAAAGAUUUUGGAGAAGCUUGGGAUCUGCAAUGAUUUAACCAUAUUGCGAAUAGUGCUCGAUGGGAUACCCCCAUGGAGAGAUUCCAAACUGCUCAUCAAGGAUCUCACAGUAGAUGAGGUACCCCUGAGGAUUUAUCAGCCCAAAUGUCCACCCACUGGCAAAAGAAGAGGAAUUCUGUAUUUUCAUGGAGGCGCUGGCACAUUCGGGAGCAUUAGAGCCUUUGAAAGAGUGUGCCGCUAUAUGGCCAAAAAAUGCAACUCAGUGGUUGUGUCUGUUGGGUACCGUUUGGCUCCUGAACAUCCCUACCCAGGGCAAUAUUCUGACUGUCUCAAUGCCACCUUAUACUUCAUGAGGAAUUUAGAAGAGUAUCACGUGGAUCCUGGUCUCAUCAUCAUUAGUGGUGACAGCUGUGGAGCGAAUUUUGCUACAGUUACUUGCCAAACACUGCUAAAUUACAGAAAUCUGCCAAAAGUGCGUGCUCAGGUCCUACUUUACCCAGGACUCCAGGGGCUGGAUUUCCAAUUGCCCUCCUACCAGCAGAACGCCUUUGUCCCCAUGUUGACCUGGAAGAUGAUCAUCUACUUCUGUUUUCGUUACCUUAACAGAAAACCCACACUUUGGAAAGAGGUUCAACAAAACUGUCAUGUUCCUGAGAGUAUGAGACUCAGGUAUAAAAAAUGGGUAAGUGCUGACCUUAUUCCUGAUGAAUUUAAGAUUAGAGGCUACGUAUCACCAAAACCCACAUCAUAUAAACCUGAAGUCCAUGAAGCUGUCAAAGAAAUUUUAGAAAUAACAUUUUCCCCGCUUUUAGCUGAAGAUUCCAUUAUUUGCCAGCUCCCUGAGUCUUACAUUGUGACCUGUGAGUUUGAUGUGUUGAGGGAUGAUGGUCUGUUGUACAAGAAGAGACUAGAGGACAAUGGUGUUCAAGUCACCUGGUAUCAUUGUGAGAAUGGCUUCCACGGAUUGUUAGCCUUUUUUGGCUAUGGAAUUUUUUCCUUUUUAUCUGGAAAAAAGAUAAUGGACAGUACUGUGAAAUAUAUAAACAGUUUAUAGAAAUGUUUUUUCAGAAGAAAGAUGUAAGUCAUGAAGUAUCUUUAAUGAAUUUAUACUUGGAAAGGAAUCUAAACGAUUUACGGUUUGGAAUUCAACUGCAUUUUGUAGUUUCUGAUUUCUACUUCUGUAGUGACUCUCAAAUGUUAACAUUAUUUGAAGUGCUAUCAUUCUAGAAAAUAUAACACACCAAUAAGAGCUACAAGAAAAAGGCAAGGCACCUAGCAUAUCCUGUUUCACUAAAACUAAAGCAAUUCCAGUAUCUUCGCAUGGCUGGCACACACUGAAGGCAAGAGACAAGAAUCUCCCUGAAGAUUCUUCAACAGCCCAGAAAUGCUGAUGACAACAACCAAGGUCUGGUUUGGCCCAUGUGACAGACAGGAGGUGUUGAUGGUAUCAGAUGGAGAAUUCAGCUUCUAAGAAGUCUUACAGCAGACAGUGAAACUGCAGACAUGAAUUUAUUUUCCAGGAUUAGUCUGUACAAAGACUACACUGCUCCAGAAAUAGGGAAGUCAAAAGGAAGGCUCCUGUUUGAAAAAGAAAUCCUAAACUGGAACUAGCAUGGAUUUGAUUUUGUUUGGGAUCUGAGAAAUGAUAUUUCAUUUUGGAACUUAGUUUUCAAAUUGGAAUAGCGGAACUUCAUUCUCAAACUGGAAUCCCUGAACUUCAGUGAGUGUGUGGAUGCCAUAGAAGUGCAGAGGUGAGACUUUUCCAUAACCCUUUUUUCUGUCAAGAUAAUCUUAUGCUCAAGGCUACCCAUUCUGCUGUGUUGAAAAAGUUCUGAAAAUCAUGUAAAGAAGGCAGAGAAGCACAGUUUUAUCUGUAUUGUCACUGUAAUGCUAUGGUGAUUCUGUGAUGCUUUCAACAACAAAAAAUAAAAACUAGCACUGCAAAUAUUUCUUUUAUAAGAGUGAGCAUUAUAUUUGCUAAACACAUACUGACUGAUAAACCACAGACACCACAAUCCUGCUACUUCGGCCUGGUCACAUCAAUGCUGGGCUCAGUAAUCAACCUACCAAACAAAUUAAUUACCACACCACGUAACUGUGGAGACAAAACACAGACUGGAAGUUCACAAACACUGCUGGAUGGACUAUUUCUUUUCAAAUCUGGGCUUUUGCUGAUUUUUGAAACAAGAUGUCCUUCUACUUCAGAAUAUUUUAGGAUGACCAUGUGUUCUAUUAAAAACACCCAACUUCUCACUACAGAAACAAUAUGACAUUAAUUUUUUUAUAAAGUUUUGUAACUGAAAUGACAUGGUACUUUUUCCCCGUCACUUAUAAUUUGUUGACUUUACAACAACAACAACAACAAUAAAAGAAACCACUGAC